UACUACUAUUUCUUUCCCUAGUUUCCUCUUUCUCAAAUCCUCUGGCUCACGUGUUCCACCAAGGAAUUCCAUGUUGGUCUUGGAAAAGCGGCUCCAACUUUGACAAAGGGUGGGGGGGGGGAAGGGGAUGUUUUCAUUUUUCUCUUUAAUCCUGUCCUUUCAAAAUUCUUCCUUCAGUGAACUGAUUCCAAAGGUGAAGUGAAGGACCAGCCUUUUCUAGGAGGGAAUCAGAAACUAAUUUCUGAGUGUCUGUUUUGUGAAGGCUUUGUUCUUUUCCGGUCUCUCACCCAUCUGUGGAAAUGAGUUGUGCUGAGUCUCAUAAGGUGGCUACUCCUUCCUCAGUUUCUCUGAAGAACACCAGUCCCCCUCAAUCACAUGUUGUCUACAAGAAGAUGUGUCGUGAUAAGGCUGUGACUAUCUAUCUGGGAAAACGAGACUUCAUUGAUCACAUAGAUGGUGUGGAACCUGUAGAUGGUGUCUUGUUAGUGGAUCCCGAGAUCGUCAAGGGGAAGAAGGUGUAUGUGACUCUGACCUGUGCUUUCCGGUAUGGUCAAGAAGACAUUGAUGUGAUGGGUCUGACCUUCCGAAAGGAUCUUUUUUUCUCUAGGAUACAGUUGUACCCACCAGUCGAAAAAUGGGAAUCUCUCUCCCAAUUGCAGGAAUGUCUGAUGAAGAAGCUGGGGAACAAUGCUUACCCCUUUGUUUUAACAUUUCCAGACUAUCUGCCCUGUUCAGUCUCCCUGCAACCAGCCCCUCAUGAUGUUGGGAAGUGCUGCGGGGUGGACUUUGAGGUGAAAGCUUUCUGUACAGAGAACAUGGAAGAGCGAAUUCCCAAAAGGAACUUUGUGCGCCUGUUGAUCCGUAAAGUACAGUAUGCCCCAGAAGAACCAGGACCCCAACCUCAAGCUGAGACCACCUGGCAGUUUUUCAUGUCCAGCAAGCCCCUGCACCUGAGAGCACGUCUGAGUAAAGAGGUGUUUUACCAUGGUGAGCCCAUUCCUGUCACUGUCACCGUGACCAACAAUACAGAGAAAACAGUGAAGAAGAUCAGAGUGCUGGUAGAGCAAGUUGCCAAUGUGGUUUUGUACUCGAGUGACUAUUACACGAAGGUGGUAGCAAUGGAGGAGGUGCAGGAGAAAGUGCAACCAAAUAGUAUCAUCACCAAGACAUUGAUACUUCUGCCCUUGCUGGCAAAUAACCGUGAGAAACGGGGUAUAGCACUCGAUGGAAAGUUAAAGGAUGAAGACACCAACUUGGCUUCCAGUACCAUUAUUAAGGAUGGGAUAGACAAGACAGUGCUGGGGAUUCUGGUUGCCUACAAGGUGAAGGUGAAGCUCAUUAUCUCAGGCAUGCUGGGAGAUCUCACCUCCAGUGAAGUCAGCACAGAGCUGCCAUUCCGUCUCAUGCACCCCAAGCCCGAGGAACUGAACAUAAGAGUGCCCAGGAUGAAGACCUGGUAUUUGAAGAGUUUUCUCGUCAACAGCUGCAAGAUUUGGAUGAAGAUGAGAAUAAGGCUGUUUCUCCAAAUGAUGAGUGACUUGGAGAACAGGCUUCUCGAGGAGCUGUGGGCUCUGAUGGUACUUACAAACACGUUAGGAUGUAGUUUUUUGUUUGUAUUAAACUGCCAGGUCUUGCUGUUGUAAUGUGAUAUCUCUAGGUGCGCUAUCAGCAGCAGGGAUCAAACUCUGGAGCAGUGGCUAUAAAAGCAUGAUCCUCUCCUGCCUGGACUAAAAGACCUGACUUUGUUAGCCAAAGGAUGUAACAGACUCAAACCUCUGUGGUUCAGCCAGUAGAGAUGAACAGAGAGGAUAAUGAGUCAAUGUUUAUUUAUGAUGCUACCAAAUAAAAAGGUUAUUAAAGCCAAACUGA